UACAACAAACAUUCAUUUCAUAUUACUCAACUUCUUUCAUCACAAACAUGAAACAGAGAAAACUCUCAAUGAUCAUCAUGUUGCUGAAAUUCCUAUUGUUUUUGCAACUCUCUUGGCUAACAUCAUCAGCAUCAACUCCGUUACCACUGUCUAAGCCUGGUUGCGAUGCAAAAUGUGGCAACCUUACAAUUCCAUACCCGUUUGGUAUAGGUCCAAAUGAGAAUGGGUGUUCACUUACCGGACCUGAAUUAUUCCAUUAUAACAUCACCUGUGAUACCACAUACAACCCUCCCAAACCCUUCUUACGAGUCGGUAGAAACACAACCGCUGGUCCAGCUGCAAGAUAUCGCAUGGUAGAAGUUUUGAGUAUAUCAGAAACCGAAGUUCGUAUCAAAAACUGGCCAGCUACAAGCUGUUAUCAAUAUAAAACUGGUGAACUUACCUUGGAUGAAGGUGUAGGUUGGAUGGCCUUCAACGGAGCUCCGUUUACAGUUUCCUAUACUCGGAACAGAUUUUUUGGUCUUGGCUGUGACACACUAGUAUAUUUUUAUGAGCCUGAUUUUAACAUGAAUUCAUCUUGUAUUAGUUUUUGUCAACGUGCAACAAAUAUUAUAGAUGGGUCUUGUUCUGGGAGUGGAUGUUGUCAAACACCAUUACCCAAAGGCGUAAGGAAGUUUCUUGUUUUAGCUAAUUCGCUGAAUACAUCUGCCGAUACUUUGUCCUUUUCUCCUUGUAGCUAUUCAUUUAUAGGGGAGUCUGAGAAGUAUACAUUCAGUGCUUCAGAUUUGAAUGGUACAAGUUUUCAUAGUAAAGCGAAAGAUAUACCAAUUGUUCUUGAUUGGGCGAUAGGGAAUAAAACAUGUGAAGAAGCGCAAAAAGAUGCUUCUAGUUUUGCAUGCCAAAGGAAUAGUAAAUGUAGCAAUUCCGACAAGGUUCCCGGAUAUUUUUGUACUUGUAAUGAAGGUUUUGAAGGGAACCCCUAUCUCAGCCCAGGAUGUCAAGAUAUGAAUGAGUGUGAGGAUCCAAACAACAAUCCUUGUGAAGGAAUUUGCACAAAUACCAUCGGAAGCUACAAGUGUUCUUGUCCUGAGGGCAGUUAUGGUGAUGGGAGGAAAGAUGGAACCAAGUGCACUCGAAAAAAUAAAGAGUUUCCAGUAGUAAAAGUCACUAUCGGAACUGGCUUAGGGUUCUUAUUUAUGAUUAUUGCUAGUUCUUUGUUAUACUUGGGCAUAAGGAAAAGACAGUUGAAGAAACUCAAAGAGAAAUUCUUUCAACAAAAUGGAGGCUUGUUGUUAAAACAACAAAUUUCAUCUUAUGAAGGUGGUGCAGAGGCAACAAAAAUCUUUACUGCCAAAGAGUUAGAAGUGGCAACUAAAAAUUACAGCGAUAAACAGAUCAUUGGCCGAGGAGGUUUUGGAACAGUUUAUUUGGGAACUCUAUCAGAUAAGCGCAUAGUUGCCAUUAAAAAGUCGAAGGUAAUUGAUGAGACCCAAAUUGAACAAUUCAUCAAUGAGCUUGUUAUUUUGGCUCAGGUUAACCAUCGAAAUGUGGUGAAGGUCUUGGGGUGCUGCUUAGAGACUCCGGUUCCUUUGCUUGUGUACGAGUACAUUUCUAACGGCACACUUUUCCAACACAUCCAUAAAAAGGUGGAGGGAAAAUCAUCAUCUUCACUUUCUUGGAGUACUCGAUUGAGGAUUGCAACCGAAAGUGCAGGAGCACUUGCAUAUUUGCAUGCUGCGGCUUCAAUACCCAUCAUUCAUAGGGAUAUUAAGUCGGCUAACAUACUUCUGGAUGAAAACUACACCGCCAAAGUAUCGGAUUUUGGAGCGUCAAGGUUAAAUACAUUAGGCGAAACCCAAAUAGAUACACUAGUUCAAGGAACAAUUGGUUACCUAGAUCCCGAAUACUAUCAAACUAGCCAAUUGACCGAUAAAAGUGAUGUUUAUAGUUUUGGUGUGGUUCUUGUGGAACUCUUAACAGGAGAAAAACCUUUGUCUCCAAGUCGAUCUCAAGAACAGAGAAGUCUUGCUUCAUUUUUCCGUCACGCGAUGGAGAAAAAUGAUGUCUUCAAACUUAUUGAACCUCGAGUAGCAAAUGAAGAAAAACGUGAACAGGUCAUAGCAGUUGCGGAGCUUGCCAAGAGAUGCCUUAACAAGAAGGGUGCAGAAAGACCUACGAUGAAACAAAUUUCUGGGGAGCUAGAAAGUUUGAGUAAGUUUCAGACUCAUAAUCAACAGAGCCAUGAACAAAAGUCGAGUCUACUUGUUGAUGAGCCAGCGGACCUCUAUUCUAUACCAGUAAGCUCUUACACCUCCAGUAAUUCUGAUCAAUACAGUACAGACAAAGAUUCUUUCGUAUAGGCGUACAUCUGGCGAUGAGUGUUUACUUUUAUUGUAAUGGACAUCAUUAAGUAAUUGUAUACAAGUAUUAUGAUCAUCUAGGUUUGGUUAGUAAACUCUGUUUUUGCUCUUUUUUCUUUUUUUUUUCUGUAUCUGAAGAUUUUGCUAUAUAUGUCAAGUGUUGCCUACAUUGGCUAUUUAUUGAUUUAUUUGUGAGUGGAAUUGAAGGAAAAUGAGGUGAAAAUUCCGUGAUUAAGAGUUACG